UACUACCGGGAUGCCAUGGAGCAGUGUCACAACUACAACGCCCGGCUCUGCGCCGAGAGGAGCGUCCGCCUCCCUUUCCUCGACUCCCAGACUGGGGUUGCCCAAAGCAACUGCUACAUCUGGAUGGAGAAACGUCACCGAGGGCCAGGUUUAGCCGCCGGGCAGCUUUACUCCUACCCCGCGCGCCGCUGGCGGAAGAAACGCCGUGCUCAUCCUCCAGAGGACCCCAGACUUUCUUUCCCUUCUAUCAAACCAGACACGGAUCAGACCCUGAAGAAGGAAGGGCUGAUCUCUCAGGACGGCAGCAGCCUGGAAGCCCUUUUGAGGACCGACCCGUUGGAGAAACGGGCCCUCCCCGAUCCCCGCAUCGACGACGACAGCCUGGGCGAGUUCCCCGUCACCAACAGCCGCGCGCGGAAGCUGUCGCCCGGGAGUAGGAAGGAUGUUCAGCCGGUUCUUCAAAGCGCUGUCUCCUCCCUGUGAAGAAAAAACCCUGGAAGAAAAAACAGAGUGAAGUUUUUGAAAUGAAGACACGGGGAAGAAGAAAAAGCCGAGGGAGGUUUUAGGGAGGUUACAAGUGUCUGGUUUCUUUUUUGCGUCGAUAGAAUAAUCCAGGGUCGUUAGAAAUCACAGUAAUUAGUUCUGGAAAGUUGCGAGUCGACGCCGUCUCUCUGCUGCUGGGGAAUUCAGGCUGCUCUGCUGAUGGUUUGGCCUCUUCCCGUUGCUGUUGGCUCCUGGGGAGUGUUUAAUUCCAGGGAAGGGGUGUUUUUCUCCAUGUAUUUUAUGAU